AUGUGUGUGGGUGUGUCGCAGAUGGCCGACCAGGCGGCCGCCACCUUCGGUUCGUGCUGCUUCUCCAAGGGCGACGUGAAGGUGACGCUGGGCACCGGCACUUUCCUGGACAUGAACACGGGCGCCUCCGCGCACGCCUCCGUCGCAGGCGCGGCGGCGGGGCUGCUGGGCGUGAAGCCGACGACGCGGCGCGCGCACGUGGUGCGCGCCAUCCUGGAGAGCGUGGCGUUCCGCGUGCGCCAGCUGCUGCGCUCGCUGCACGACGAGGCGCACGUGCGCUGCCGCACCAUCAGGAUCGACGGGGGCGUGUCGCGCAACGACUUCGUGGCGCAGCUGCUAGCGGACGUGGCGGGCGCGCGGGUGGAGCGCGCAGCCGCCGAGACGUCCGCCCUGGGCGCCGCCUUCGUCGCGGGCCUCGCCACC